GUGUACUGAUACCCAUGUCUCUUCUGUUUUCGAGACAUCUUUCCCUUCCUUUGGGCUUACCACAACAUUCCCACCUACCUAGGCAAUGGGACAAUGAGACACCGGUAUUGCGACGAUGCAUCGCCCCGCCAUCCGUUGCUGUGUACUUCGUACAUAUGGAGUAGAGACCUACCUCACCGAUGCACAUUCAUGCUCUGCUGUGCAGCCUGUGUUAUCUGCACAGAUGCCGCCAAUCGCCUUCCUAUUUGCAUCUCUACCUUAGUUUCAUCCAGAUCAACGAGACCGACCGCCCCGAGCUGCCGACGUCACGUCCUGCUGCUUUCGCAAAGUCAAAGAAUAAUGAAUGUCAACCCAACUUGACAUUAUACGUCAAGGUACAAAGUAUUUCACCGAGCGUUGGACACAAUCGCGAGACUCGGUGAGACCUCCCGAGCAUGCUAUUGGUCAACUGUCUGCCAUGGCGACUGGCUUCCCUGCGGAAACGCCAUCCGAUCCCGACCUUUAUUCGAACCCAACGCGCCGACUGCCUCAUCCUCACGGCCCAUCCCAGACGGACAGACCAACCCCUGUUGGUGCUUGUAACCCUGGAUUUUUGGAAGCCCUGCUUUGGUCCCUGGCCUGCCUGACCCGUCUGCCUUAUCAACGAUUCAACGCCUUUCUCGCGCUGAGCGAGGCCGCCCAUCAUCCAUGCUAUCGAGACAAGGAUGUCAAGCGUGGCACGCGUGGCAAGCUCAAACCACCUGCAUUUGACAUACUACGUAUGCCAACCGGAAUUUCCAUGUUUGACGGUUUGCCAACGAGUUGGGUUUCUUUGAUAACAUGUAAUUCGAACAGAACGGCAGACCAAAUGCAAACCUUCAACCUCCUUUCUGACAACUAAGACCUGCGGCAGCCUGGCCGUUCGCAUCAUACCUCGAAAGGGCUCAAUGUCGUUACCUCUACAAGUCAAAAUGCGUGUUGCGCC